UUGAAAUCGUCUAUGAUAUGGAAGCCCACUUUUCUUCUUCUUCUUCCUCCCUCUCUCUAGACGCCUCCGCCCACGCCACCGGCGGCGCCGCUGCUUCCUCCUCUGGAAGAACAGAUGAUGGGAUUUGCCGACCCGGCGGGAACCCAAAUUCCUGUUUCGAUGGGGAGAGAUAACCAGUGAAGCUAGACUGUCAUUUGUUGAUACAAGAAAAGAUCGGAGAAAUACUUCUGCAGACCACCAGCGGAGGAGGAGAAAGAGGUAAACACUAAUUAAGAAACGGUAUGUGGGAUCUCAACGACUCACCUGAUCGGAGGAGAGAAGAGUCGGAGGGGGCUUCUCUGUAGUCGGAAACGAUAAGAGGGGGAAAGGGGUUGGAUCCGUUUCCAAUGACAAUUCGAGUUCUUCUGCUUUAGUUAUCGAAGAUGGAUCUUAGGAAGAAGAGGAAGACGACGGCGACGAUGGUGUUGAAGGAACGCGUGGGAAGAACAGUACGAUCUUUGGUUUUCCUGUGACGACCCACAAUGACACCAACAACAACUAUGCUUCAGAGAGUGACCAGGUCGUGACCAGGCAAUUUUUUCCAAUGGAGGAACUGGAAAUGGGGACGACCCAGGCUGCUGCUUCCUCUCCUUUCCCAAGGGCUCACUGGGUUGGCGUUAAAUUCUGCCAAUCUGAACCCCUCGCUGCAACUGCCAAGGCCACAGCCGAGGUUUCGCCGCCAAUGAAGAAAGUCGCCGAGGGCCCACGUCUCCAAAUUCAUUAGUCGCAGAGGAUUUCGAUCCUACAAGCAUAGAGAUCAAUGUCGACGACGAAGAUGGCGAGAACAGACAAAGCCCGUUCAAUCUUCGAUAGAUUCGAUGCCAACAGUGACGGAAGCCUCAGCCGCGACGAGAUGGGUGCGCUUGUCACCACUGUCAACCCAAAUGUCAACCUCAGUUCCGAUCAGAUCUCCGCCAUUCUUGACGAAGUUUUUUCCGGUCGUAUUCCGAUUUCAUCGAAAAUUCUUUGACAGGUCUCUCCUUCAACGGCCUUCUUCGCAUCUAUGAUGAUGGCGCCUGCGAUGUUGACAGGGAUUACUCAGCCCUCUUCCAUUCCUCUCUGGCCAUCUCCACAACCCAAUUGAAUGAUGCCCCUCCUAAUUCCCCUUCGUAUUCGAUGAUUGGUUUAGCCGAUAAGUCGACGACGACGACGACGACGACGACGAGGGUUGCAGCUGCUUGUGCUAAGUCGCCCAACCAUGGUGUCGAAUAUGAUAAUACCUAGAAGCUUGUCGAGGAUCUGGAGACAGUUAUCAGAGGGAGAAUUAAAGCUCGUGGUCACAAGACGGAUUUUAGAGUAGAACUUGAUCAUAAGAGGUUCAUCUGGGAUGAGAAUUGUGGGGAUUUUAGGACACUUUUGAAGGAGGUGAGGGAGAUUCGGGUUGCCAUUGAUCGGAAUUUGUCGAGGGAACAGGCUUUUGAUAGGCAUAUGGCGAUUGGACAGUAUUAUAAUCUUCUUACAGAUUCUCUUCAGAGCUUCCAGCGCGCGGUAGAUUUGAGCCCUAUUGAUGUUCGGGUGCAAUUCAAGGUAGGCUACUGUUUAUACUUGUUAGGGAGGUCAAAUGAGGCUAAGCUUAGUUAUAUGUUGGGUCUGGAGUUGGCAGCUGAGACCAAUUCGAACAGAUGGUUGGGACUGUUACCAAAGCUACACAUACAAUUGGGGAUUGUUUUGAAAGGAGAAGGGAUGUUGUUCUGUGCAUGUGAGCAUUAUUGUGAGGCCUUGGUUCUGUGUCCAACAAAUGAUCGGGCUUUUUGGCUCUUGGGGACUGCGUUGCUUCAACUAGGGGAGUAUAGGUCAGCAGAGAAAGCAUUAGAGGAGGCAGUGUUCUUGAAACCGGGAUUUGCAGAUGCCCAUUAUGAUCUUGGAUCGGCUCUUCAUGAAUUGGGGGAGGAUGAGAGAGCAGUUUUGGAGUUUCAGAGGACCAUUGAUCUAAAUCCCAACCAUUUGGAUGCUCUGUACGAGCUUGGUUGCUUGUUUCAGGACAUGGGUCGGUAUCAUAGGGCUGCAGAGAUGUAUGAGAGAAUUAUGGGGCCUCAGCAAGAUGACAGACUUGGCUGCAUUACCUGAAUUAAUGGCACAUAUGAAGGAGCAGUUGGAGAAGAAAAAUCAAGGUGGUCAUGACUUGAGUGCAUGAGCUAAGAUAAAGAAGGGUUUGGCAGAUGGAGUGCCUGUGAUCAAAAGGGUAACUAAGAAAACCAAGAGAGAUGUUUCUCUUCUGAAUAAGGAGAUUGAAGAAUGGAAACCACCCGUUUCAUAUUCAGCGAGUGAGGAACCAAAGAAGCCAUUGAUAAGUGAGGCAACAUUAGAGUUGAUUUUGCGAAAGAUGCUUCACUAUCUAACACCAGAAGAUUUUCGGGUAACAGUUGUAAAAGUUAGCCAAAAAAUUUUGCGAGUCUUGGAUGCUACCAGUUCUGGGAGAAUCGACUUGGGCAUGUUUUAUGCUGUCAUUGCUCCCAUCUGUGCCUGGGAACCAGGAAAACGCAAGCGUGCAGCCUUUGAUGCUCUAUUAUGGCGGCGGUAGAGGAAGAAGGAUGGUCAAGAUGUAAUACAAAAGGUUGAUGCAUUAAUCUACAUGAGGUACUAGAGACUCAUUUAUCUAUCUUCUCCUCAUCAAGGAUAUAGUGACCAAUUGGUAGACCAUGUAGAAGAUGAUGAUAACACUAUGAUUUCAUUCCCUGAGUUCCUCCAAAUAUUUGAUGACCACAGAUGGGGCUUUGAAAUCGUCAGCACUUUGGUGAACCUUGAAAUCCAUGGCAGGUUCCGUCGUGAUGAGCAUUCUUGUGAUAUAUGCCGGUACCCAAUGAUUAGGCCUAGAUUUGAAGGAAGGAUUUCUCACUUCAGCCUUUGUAUGAAGUAGUGAGCCUGGAUCCACUGCUGCUGAUCGUACGAGUUAGUAUUCAAUACUUAUCUCAUCUUCUAUCAUUACAAGGAUAAGAAGGGGUAUAUUUAAAAACAAAAAUGACAGGUGAUGAACAUUAAUUAAAUUGAAAUGGAAAACCCUUUUGGGGAACCUUGACCAUCCAUUUUACUGGUUCCUUUCCUUUAUAUCACACUAAAGAGAGAGGUCACAGAAUCAUUAGGCAAGGUACCAUCUCUGUUUUGUGAAUCGGCUCUUUUGAAAGUGCUCUCCAUGUGGGGAGGCACCCCACGUGGGUAGAGAAUCCAGACUCGUGCAGCUGGAAAAGGAGGGUUUCAUGAUAGGGGGGAGAGAAAUGGGGAAGAAGAGAAAAAAAAUGAAGGCCAGGAAGGGGUUUUUCAAUUUUAAUAGGGGAAAAAAGGGGUUAAAAUCUCUUGAAAUACGGCCCAAAAUCGGUUGUGGGUUGGGCUUGCACAGAAAGUGGGUAUGGCACCAUGGCUAGGCCAUAAAUAGGGGCAUGGGCACCCAGCCCAUGCAAACUGCAAGCAGGGCAUGGAUCUGAGGCGGGCUACCAGAGGAUUGAGGAUGGAGCUGGUAGGUAAGGUGUCAAUCAGGUUUUGGUUAUUCGGUUCGAUUUUGAUUCAAUUUCAAAUAAGGAUAAAGUGGAUCAGAACCAAACCAAAAACCGAUUUGGUUAUGUAUUUAGAUA